UCCGCGCCGCCGGGCUGCCGGGUCCUGCGGCGGAGGGCGCCGCGGGGCGGGAGCGGGGCAGCGCCCGGCGGACCGGCACCGCCACGGCCACACGCCUCCCGGGCGCCGCGGCGGAGGCGCGGGCGGUGCGGAGCGGAGCGGCGCCCCAAGGGCAGGAAACUACAAGUGAAGAAGUUGAAUGUUUGCUUCAGCUGAAGAGAAUAUUUCCCAAGUCCUAGGGGGAAAAGUUGAAAAAGAGAACUGGAGGAUGUUGCUAGUAGGUAUGUACAUGACAGGAAGAGUAGCAGUAUGACUGUCAACAGGAAACAAAAAGUCACAGACCAUGUGACGCUGCAAUAAAGCACACUUUCUGUGUUAUGUUGCCUGCUGGACUGUGGCCUGGGAAGCCGUGUAUGUCUACGUGAGAUAUUCUCCUCUCCAUUCAUCUGCUGGAGUUUGAACUAUUCUGCAUCUGGUUAAUCCACUUUGCUGGAGUUUGCCAGUCCUGUUUGUUUUUUUCUUGACAUCUGCUACUGUAAAGAUCUUGAACAGCUAUGGGGAGAAAAGGGGGUGUGUGAGCAACCUUCACCGGCUGGCAGCUGAGUGCUUUUCAGACCCCAGGCAGCUUUGAGGUGUCUCGGCUGUUCAGUGCUCUGCAGAUAUGAACGCUGAGCUUUUCUGGCACGUUCUCACGUUGGCCUGGUCGCUCUCACCAUGCUAGUACAUGGGAAAGAAGACUUCUUCUCAGACGUAGCUUACAUCAUCCUGGAACUGGUCAUUGCGGUGCUGGCCAUCCUGGGGAACAUCCUCGUCUGCUGGGCAGUCUAUUUGAAUAGCAACUUGCAGAACGUCACCAACUAUUUUGUUGUGUCCCUGGCUGCUGCCGACAUUGCCGUAGGUGUGCUGGCAAUCCCCUUUGCCAUCACCAUCAGCACUGGCUUCUGUGCCUUCUUCUAUGGCUGCCUUUUCAUUGCCUGCUUCGUCCUGGUCUUGACUCAGAGUUCGAUCUUCAGCCUCCUUGCUAUUGCCAUUGACAGAAUCAUUGCGAUCCGCAUACCCCUCAGGUACAAUGGCUUGGUGACUGGCUCUCGAGCUAAAGGUAUCAUUGCCAUCUGCUGGGUUUUAUCUUUCAUCAUCGGCUUGACACCAAUGCUAGGGUGGCACAAUCGCUCCCAGAUUGAAGAGCGGGGUUCCAAUAAGUCCUCUCCCAUCAACUGCAGCAACAGUAUGGUGGCAUGUCUUUUUGAGGCUGUGGUCACCAUGGAGUACAUGGUCUACUACAACUUCUUUGCCUGUGUGCUUUUGCCCCUCCUCCUCAUGUUUGGUAUCUACUUGAAGAUCUUCAUGGCAGCCCGGCGACAGCUCAAGCAGAUGGAGAACAAGAUGGUACAUGGGGAACGUUCUCGCUCCACUUUGCAGAAGGAGGUCCACGCAGCUAAGUCUUUAGCCAUCAUUGUUGGGUUGUUUGCAGUCUGCUGGCUUCCACUACAUAUUAUUAACUGCUUUACCCUUUUUUGUCCAAAUUGUGCCCAUGCUCCCCUCUGGCUGAUGUAUCUGGCUAUUAUCCUGUCUCAUGCUAACUCGGUUGUAAAUCCUCUAAUUUAUGCCUACCGAAUCAGGGAGUUCCGACACACCUUCCGUAAAAUCAUCAGCCAGCAUAUCCUGGGCCGGAAGGAGCCGUUCAAGGCAGGAACAGCCAGCUCUAGGACUUCAACUCAUGGUGGGGACGCAGAGAAUGCCAGCAUACGAAUCAGUGAGUAUGCAUUAGAGGUAUAUACCAAUGGAGAGAUCCACAGGGAUCCUGAAAAGCAGGACUUAAGCAAAUGCAAAGCUGGCUUGGAAUGGCACCACAAUGGAAAUGCUCUGGACGUGGAGACAAAUGGGCAUCUCCCACAUUCCUGCAAAAAUGGGAUUCUCUCAGAUGCGUGCAUGAACAGGGAGCUUCACAGUGAAGAGUUAAUCAAUGCCCAGGUGUCUUACUCAGAUCUAGAAAGAGCAGCCCUCGCAGCAGCUGAUGUUUCCUGAUGAGACUUUCAAAGUCUUCCUGGUAGAAUUCUUUUUUUUCCAUUGGUGACCUCUGCCAUGGCAGAAAGGGAGGUUGGGGGGCGGGGGGAGAGGUGUGUAUUCAGAUUGCUGUGGAGAAAGGGGUCCCUACCCAAGACUGUUGGGAAGAUCCUAAAUACUAGACUGGAAUAAAGCCAAGAGACCACUGAAAUGGACUGAGGAAGGAGGGACACGUUACCCAUCAAUGACCUGUCACCAAGAGCUGUGCCAAGGUCACAGAUGGCAUUCCAAGUUCAGCACUGGGAGGCUCUGCUGAUGCAGGGCAUAUCAUGACAUCAUGCUCUACUGUGUAUCUGUGGUUGUAUGUCGGUUUUGCUGUCUUUACCAACAGAAAUAAAAGCAUGGCUGGAAGUAUUCACUGAAUUGCAAAGAGCAACAAGGAGAGCCUUGUAGUACUUUGGCCCUGCAACAAAUGGAAAGGGGACAGCAACAUCUAUUGGUCAGGAAGGAUGCCAGCAGCUGCUUGGAAAGGGAAGGAUUUUUACCUGAUGGGAACUCUGGAUACCUUCAACCAUGGCAUUUUGUCUUUCAGUUCAUGUUUUUAAAGCUUAUACUGCAACAGGUUGCUCAAAUGUGGUUUGUUUUUUUUUGUUGUCUUGAUAAGAUUACUUUAUAUUAAGUUAUGAAAGAUGGGCAAAAACUCACAUCCAUUCCCUGAGCGCUCAAUGUUCCAGAUGCACAAGGCAAAUAUAACCUCAUAGAUCUCCACUUUGUCUAACAAAUAAUGAAAACGGAGACUGUAAUUUGGGUUUCCUUUAGCCAAAGGGCUGUUAGCAGGACUUGGUGCUGCAGAUAGCAGACAAGCAGGCCAGGUUGUGGUCUGUGUCACCAAGGCGGUUGUGCCUCGAAGUGUUGUGAAGAGCUGUCGGGUGUGUGAGCUGUCUGCAGGCUGGUGGGCACUGUCUGCUUCUUCCCCUGUCUCUGUGCUUGUCCUCCUGGACUCCUAGAAUGCGAAUUCUUUCCGUGGCCCGAAAUGUGUGUGUGAGGAGCUAUUUUUCCAUAUUUUCAUCAUUUUCACCCUCACGCAAAAGGCUGUGGGAUUUUUUUUCUUCUUUCUCGGGGUAGGGAGAAACACGCACACAUAUACCUAACACUUAUUUUUGAAAUUCCAAUGAGCUCUAUUUGAACACCUUUUCUCCCAUGAUUUCAGUUUCUUCCUGAUGUGCUUUACUGUGAAGCCUGAUGUAUCCCUGUGGUGCAGAGGCCAACAGAGCUGGGUCUCUGGUUAGAAGAUGCUCCUACUCUGAGAAGCUGAAAGGCGUCAGUAGUAGUGGAAAACAGCUCAGGAACUGCAGUAGUCUGCCUGUAUAAGAGAACAGGCAAAUCUGUGCUGCAGCAAGGGUAUGUGCACUGAUGUGGUUUGUGGCAGAGGUUGUUUCGCAGCAGUUUGACAAUUUCUUGUGUCACUUAUGAAGCCUGGUAGCUCAAGGACAGCAGAAUGCCACAUUGGCUUGAAUUCUACCUAAAGAUUGUCUGGUCUUUGUUUUCCAGACAAAUAAUCCAUGUCCAAUACCACCAGCCUUCUGCGGAGACAGGCGGUAAUGGUCCUACUGGAAAACUAAGUGUCGUAAUUCCAAUGAUCUGAAGCUUAUUCCCUAGCUGAAAACAUCAGAAGUAUCGUCCCCCAACCCUGGCUCCUCCUUGUGUCUGUCAACUAACAUCUCAGAAGCCAAAUAAUCUAAUUUUCAGAAAGGAAAGGGGAACUGGAUUUUGAUAUUUGAGGAAGAGCAGGUUAGGUUUGUUUGUUCUUAUUCCAUGUUUAUUUUAAAUAUUGUGAACUAUUAAAAUGAAAAGUCAGUUUUAUUUGAGGAGAAUUUUCACCAGUCUCCCUACAUGAAGGUGGGGAGUAGAUUGUAAUGCUGAACGUGUUCAAGUAUGUAACUGCUCCAGGCUAGCACAAAGCUUACUGUGAGAAGGAUAAAAAGAUGUGGUGCCACCACAAUCCUUAGCAGAAAGACAGGCGAGUUUGUAGAACAAUAGACUUCACAGUUUAAUUGAAUUGCUGCUUUCUUGGCGUGGCUCUUCCAGAGUCUAACGUCAGAGGAGUGGAUUAUCACUCCGGUGCCAUUAACAAACACUAAGCCAUUUCCCUGUGACUGACGUCGUAGGUAGUUCCUCUGUAGGGUGACUUGGGAUCUUGUUACUCUUGAUCUUUCUUAAUGGAAUAUUUCUGCAGGUUAUUUGCAGGAUGGCUUCUCUGACCUCCUGUAACAGUGGCAGAGGAACUCAGUCAGGAAAAUGGGGGUCUGAUCUCUUCAGGCCUCAGAUGGGAGCUGAAAUGUUUCUAAGAAUAACACAAGAUUACAUCCGGUAUUCAUGUCAAUAACAAUUAGGUCCACAAAGAAACAGAGCGGGGAAGGAAGUGUGGGAAAAUACCAGCAUUGCUCAUGUGCGGGAACACACGCAAGUGCAGAAGUGUCUCCUAUUGAGCUUUAGUUGCCGUUGUAAAGGGAUGUUUUAUGCCACAUUGCAUCAGACUUUCAACAGCUCGUGUGGAUUGGUUGCUUUCUAUUGUUUCCCGAGCUUCUUCACACUCAGUUAUGGCAGCUUCUUGCUUGGUUGCCACACGAAUCAAGUUGAUCUAUGUUGAUGCUACAAAUUUAGGAUUGUCACUCUGCGAAACUUUCCUGCCCACCCAGAUCACUAUGCAAGCUUACUGAGUUUCCAGAUGUCUCGAAGUUAGCUUUUCUGUUGCUGUUUGAGAUGCCCCCCAAGUGUGUCCAGUCCCUUUCAGUAUUAGUGAUCCAGAUUUGAAAUGAAGAGGGUGUGUGAAGGGGCCGGGGGAUGCAUGCAGGAGGAAGUGCAGUGGGGGUAAGGAGGCAGUGUGUUUUAUAUAGAAUUGGAAGUCUGUAGUCACAGGAAGGAAGGGAUGGCAAUUGCACCACAUGCUGUGUGCCUUCUGGCAAACACAUGUCUGAGAUGGACUUUCAGAAGAUGUUUCCCAAGCAGUUGUUGGGGGAAGCAUGAGCCUUUUGAACAGAAUUUUGGACUUCUUAUUUCUUGUUUCUUAGGGAUCGUGAUUUCAAGGCUUUCUUUUUUUAAAACGAACAAAAGAAGCUUUAGGGUCCCAUCAAUGAAGUGUGCUCUUUUCUUCUCCUGGCAGCGCUCUCCAUUCUUGAGAAAAGUACCUCUCUUCCAAACUGCAGGGAUCAUUAGAAAAGUGAAAGUUAAAUAAAUAUGUCCUAAUCUCUCCACUCAUAUCCCCAUUUUCAUUCCAGCUGGAGAAUGCUUAGCUGUUGAAAUAUAGCUGUUCUGGAUAAACAAAGAUGGUACCAAGACAAAGGGAAGAAUGAGGUGAUCAUCAGGAGAGGCUUCAGAAGACCUUCUUGGGAAUCCAAGGUGCAGUGGGUCCAAAGAGUAAAGAGCUGGGGUAAGAAGAGACUAAUUCAUGGAACUGGAACAUCUUACUAAAAAUGGCUGAAGACCCAUAGAGAGAUGUGGUGCCUCAUUUGGCAUGAGGGCAUUCCAUGAAUUUCACCAUUCCCUGGAGACUCUUAGGCUCCAGGGUUUAUUUGCUUUAUAGGGUUUUGGAGAAAGUUAAGUUUGAUCAGUUGCCAGGAGUAAUUUUAUCAAGAGUUCUUCUUGGGGCCGUCUCCUCAAUAGGGCACUGCUUUUUGUGUGCGCAAAUAAAUGCACUCACGGCUUUGUCCUGCAGAGUUUCUUUUGGAUCAGUAAUAUUUCAAAGCUCUGAGCAAACUUGAACUGCAGCUCUUGAACAGAGAAGUAAUUUGGCAUGGUGGAACAGCUGAGGCUACUGUAGACAGAAAGGGUUUGCCACCUAUCCCAGUUGGUGCUAGGAAGCUUAUUGUGCAGAUGGAUUUGUGAGUUAUAUGGAGUAGUCUGAAUCUUUGAUCAUUCUUUGAAAAGAGCCUCCAGGGGAUGCUGGUGGAUAUAGAAAAGUCUCUAAGGUGUGGUAGCAGACUAGAGGGUUAGGGUUAGGUGGGAAAUCUUGGUGGUGAAGGAAGAUUUGUAAAGUAGGUGUUUGGGGGGAUUUCAGAGGGAGCAAGAAUGUGCUGGGAGGUGCUGGAGAUUGCACAGAUGGUGCUGGCGUGAGACCAAGGUGUGACUUGCUGUGGAAGGAUUCUGGAAAGGAUGUACAUCUUAUGGCUCUCCUGGGGUCACUGCAGAGGGGCAACCUUGCCUCCUGUUUGCAGAGUGUUGACUUUGUAUGGUCUACAUGUGACUGAGGUAGAGAUGGUUCUUAUGGAUUAUAUCCUUUUCAGAUGCAUUGCCUCAUUUCAUGAGCGUGUCCAGGUAUAACAAAACCCUUUCUGCUUCAUGUACAUGAGCCCUACCUAAAACCAAACCAAUCCACCCAUGUUCUGUGGGAAGGACGAGCAUGCUGUAACAGUGCUGUGAUGCAUUUAAACUGUAGAAUACUCACUAGUGGUGUUUGCUAACUUUAGCUGCCUAAUAGUCAGUUCUCUCCCAAUUUCUUUUGGGCAUCAAACUGCACUGAGUCAUACCAGAGAGUUUUUUUCUUUCUAGCCCUGCACUUUUGGCUUUUGUUACAAUAAACCACAUCAAGAGUAAGUAAAAUCACACCAGUUUCUCAUAUGCGUGAGAGGUGACUAACCCUGACAGACUGAGAAUCCCCAAACUGGGGCAGUGUUGUGUGUAACUCCCUGUCUCAUUUGUCUGUUGGAACUGUUCACACAAGGAUGUGUUGAAAUGAAGACUGGAACCUGUUGAUCUGAAAACAUCCUUUGCUUCCCCCGCUCUGCCUCAGGAGCUGGUGUUCCUGCCUCCUGUCCUGUGGAGUGGUUGUCUCUGUGGUCUGCAAGCCAAGACAGUAUGAACACCCUGCUGCACACGCUGUCACUAUAAAACAAUUACUCUUAUAAUUUAAAUGUUUUAUGAAUAUAGUUGUUGUUUUCCCUCUGUCUGUCAGUUACCAGUGGGAGGGGAGGGAAGGGGGUGGGAGAAUCUGUGCAUGCAAAUGUAUUUAAAGUGCAUUGACCAAAGUGUUUUGUUUUGGGUUUUUUUGAAUCUGUGAAAUUUUCAUAUCUGUGAAGUCAUCAGACUGCUGGGCAGUGAGGAGCCGCUGGUGCUGCUGAGUCUGUCUUGGUUACAUUUCUUAAUAAGCAUUAAAAUAAUAAAAUA